UAUCAUUUAUAAGUUACCUAAGCAUUUUUAAUUACUGUAGAUAUUUUUAAAGUCUUGUUUUCUGAGUUGUUCUUUUGGUCCACUCCUCAAACCAUAUUUGCAGAUGGGAAAUAAACGGUGGGAUUCCUUAGACGCAGCAGACUCAGUGCUGUUUCCGUGGGAUGUGAAGUCUACUUACAUCAGAUGCCCUUCCUUUUUCUAUAAACUUACCAAAGAGCCAGCUGCAUUCCAGCCCAUUGAAAAUGCCCACGUCCUGUUGUAUUUGGGAGACUCUGUCACUACAGAUCAUAUAUCACCUGCUGGAAGUAUUGCGAGGAGUAGUGCUGCUGCUAAGUAUUUGACAACCAGAGGCCUUACUCCCCGAGAGUUCAACUCUUACGGAGCCCGAAGGGGUAAUGAUGCUGUGAUGACAAGAGGCACGUUUGCAAACAUCAAGCUUUUUAAUAAGUUUAUUGGGAAGCCAGCUCCCAAAACAAUUCAUUUUCCUUCUGGACAGACGCUUGAUGUCUUUGAAGUCGCAGAACUGUACCAGAAAGAAGGUAUCCCACUUAUAAUUUUAGCAGGAAAAAAGUAUGGUUCAGGAAAUUCAAGAGACUGGGCUGCCAAAGGACCCUAUUUGCUG